AUGUCAACUACAUCAACUAACGAGGAAAUUCUUCGUCUUCAAGCCAUCUCAAAAAUCUUUGAUGGUUAUGUUAUACUCGUUCUUAUCAUCAUUGGAACUAUUGGAAAUUCAUUAAAUAUCAUUGUUUUCCUUCGAUAUAAAACACUUCGACAAAUGUCUAAUUCUGUUUUUAUGAUUGCAUUCUUCAUUAGUAAUCUCACUUCUUUAUGGGCAUCCCGUUUUCAACGUUCCAUGCUCGCUAUUACCGGUGUAGAUUUACUCGUUGGCUCAAUCUUUUAUUGCAAAGUUCGAUGGCUAUUUGGUCGAUGGGGCUUCAAUAUGGCAUUUACAUCUGUCUGCUUAUCAAGUGCUGAUCGAUUUCUCAACACAUCACGUAGUGAACGAUAUCGACGAUUGAUUACAUUUAAACGAGCUGCUAUACUUACAACUCUAAGUAGUAUUGCAUAUAUAGUCAUUUUCAUACCAGAUGCUAUUUAUUAUUCUGGAUAUCGAUGUACAGCAUCAGCUAGUGAUCGAGCUAUAUAUCAACAGUUCAUAACAUAUUUUAAUUUGACUAUGACAAAUAGCAUUCCACAAGUAAUUCUUGGUAUUUUUUGUGUCCUUACAUGGUAUAAUUUUUGGUCAAUGCAACGUGGACGACAACGACAAAGUCAAAUUCAUCACGAAGUGAAUCGAAUGAUGUUAGUUGAAUUUACUGUGAUCUUUCUCAGUUCAACACCCAAUUUUAUAUAUAAUAUAUAUGCACAAAUUACUCAAGGAUGGGUCAAGUCCAAUUUACAAACAGCACAAGAAAAUAUUUGGAGAAAUGUGUGUGUGACACUUAGUUUUGUACUGAAUAUUGGAACAUUCUAUAUCUACUUUUUAAUGUCUGGUGCAUAUAGACGAAAGGUGAAAGCAAUAUUCUGUUGGCAAAAACGUGUUGAAGUAACAUCAUGUGGUCCAAGCUUUCAAAAUACGAAAGUUACUCGUCAAGUUGCAACUAACGUAUAUUCGCUUCAACAAAGUAGAAUUGGCCCAUAG